AUGAACACCCUUCCGGUUCCUCCUCAUGUUCUCCGUUCCUUCAACCUCCCCAUUCAGAGUAGUACUACCGCCCAACCUCUCCCCAGUGGCCAGGGAAACAGCAUCCUCCUGCCAAACUCCAAUGUAGUCCUAAAGCACAUACAAGACGCUGCAGAGGCAGAACACACCGCUACAGUCCAGCAUCAGCUCUACAACCUCCAGAGGAGGAGGGCAUUGCUGGGGGAAAGGCGGCGGGAAUAUCAAGUCGCGGAGCCGUUAGCUAUCACCACCAGCACUACUACGACUAUUACUCCUGUUGCUGCUGUUGCUGCUGCUCCUAGUACUUCUACUACUAUCAAUGAUAGCGAAGAGGAUAGCGCGAUCGGAACCCAGAGAUUCGUCGCUGCUGGCACCUGGACGGCGGCACGGGUUAUCCCCGGCACACCAGACCCGGGUCCUGGUCGGUGGGAGGAGAUACUACGUGCUUCGAGAGCCUUACAUAAGGAUCUGCGGGAGUUAUAUGGUAGGGAAGGGCGUUUGGGCGAACUGGUGCCUUUCCUGCUUUUCAUACGCCAGCGGAAAGAUAGGUGGGCGAAGGGGGAUCGGAUAGCGUGGGAAAUGGAGGAGGGGGAAAAGAGUGCUGAUAUCGAUAUUGGUAAUGAUAUUGACAUUGAUGCCCGCGCCCAUAGCGCUGGUGAAACUGGUAUUGUGGGAGAGACUUAUCGAGAUAUUUUCCGUCAACUUUUAUCCCUGCGCGAACCCGUCGAGAUGGGCGUGUCGCAGCUUAUCCAUGGAGACUUGGCUGGGAAUGUGCUUUUUACGAAUCACGAGAGAAAAUGUUCGGCUAGAAAUGAUGAGCGUGGGGACGACCAAGAAGACGAACAUGAGGAACAGGAGGAACAUGUUCCUGGCAUCAUUGAUUUCUCGCUCUACUUCCGACCUGUGGAAUUUGCGGAGGCGGUCAUCGUUGCCGACGGGCUGUUAUGGUAUGAUGCUGGCGAUGAACUGGUUAGGCUGGUCGGUGUAGAUAAAUAUCGAUCGCAGAUGCUAGUGCGGGCGCUGAUAUUUCGUCUUGUGGCUUCGAGUGAGGGGGAACGGGAGAGAGGCGUUGUUGACGAGGCGGAGCGGAAUAGGUAUCUGAGGGCGGUUGGGAUUGUUCAAGGGUUGAUCGGGGCGUGA